UACCGUCCCCUCCCCUCCCCUCCCUCCAGAGGAGUCAUGUGGCUGUCAGGCAUCUCCCUGCAGCACCUCUGGCCGCCUCUUCCAGUGCGAGUUUUACCUUGGCAGUGCCAGUGGCACAGAGCUGCUUCCGCACUGGGACAGACUUGGGCUUUCUGGCAGCCACUGGCUUGUUUUCUCCUUUGGCUCAGCAAACAACUGUUGCGAAAAGUGGCUCUGGCGUGAAAACGUGUUAGGUUAGUUACACAGGGAUUAGAGUUUGUUUAAUAUCUUCUAACUCCCUGCUAACAAGAAGCAAGCUAUCUGGCCUGAUUCAUGGCAACCUCACCGCAAACCUCUGAGGUAAUUCUCUAAUGGAUCAAUGAAAACAAAACGAUGACAAGUUGUGGUCAACAGUCCUUGAAUGUGCUGAUGGUUGUGCUCUUAUUGCUUUUGUCAGCAGCAUUGUCUGCACAUUUUCGUGUCUGUGAGCCAUAUACAGACUACAAAGGCCGCUACCACUUUGGUUUUCACUGCCCACGUCUUUCUGACAAUAAAUCUUACAUCUUCUGCUGUCACCAUAACAACACGGUAUUUAAAUACUGCUGCAAUGAAACAGAAUUUCAGACUGUUAUGCAGAUGAACCUAACGGGGAAUGCAGAUGGAUAUAUGCAUAACAAUUACAGUGCAUUGUUAGGAGUGUGGAUUUAUGGCUUCUUUGUUGUGAUCCUGCUGGUACUGGACCUUUUAUAUUACUCAUCAAUGAACUACGAUAUUUGCAAAUUUUACCUGGCAAGGUGGGGAAUCCAGGGAAAGUGGAUGACACAGGCACAGAGCCGAUGGAUUAACCCUGCUCAGAAUCCAAGCCACGUACAGACUCAGCCUCAGUCUCAGCCUCAAAUGUCACAGGCAGUACAUACUUUAAAAGGAGAUGUUUUAAACCCACCAUUGAUGUCUUUUCAGAGUUCAUCUGCCUGAAAAUUAUAGUGAUGUGCCUCAAGAUGGGAGAGGUUAGUUUAGAAUGCAGCAAGCAGCUUUCAAGAGUGAACUAUCCAAGUGAAUGACAGACAAACAAAGAUGACACCGCAAGAUGGAGUUCGGUCAAGACAUCUGACAAGAAUCACCUAUCAACUUACAAAAACAAUGUUGAAAGAGUUCAGAAAACCGUCUGUAAGCAAUAUUUUAAUUCUAGGUCAAGAUUAUUAUUUUGAAAGGAAACAUCGUAUUUGAUGGAAAGCUCAAUACAGUGAAGUUCAAGUUGCUCUUGCAAGAUCCGAGCCAAGGUAGGCAAGGGACAACAAGACAAAGCUUUGGCAGAUCAACUUCCUUUGCCUCCCCAUCCAUCAAUUGCCAUUUGAGCCUAAUCUGUGUUAGAAUAAUGAAUGUGAGUUAUUCCAAAGUUCUCUGGUGAACAUUAUGUCACAAUAGGGUAGAUGCUGACAUUCCCAGUCACUGUUCCCUCAACACCACACCUCACAGUAC